AUGGCCGACGCCGCACAGCAACGGACGCUCGCGACUGCCUUUGCCCCGCCGCCUCCGCUAUGGAAACACUUCACGCCCGAUAAUCUGCAGAGGCUCGAGGAGGUCAAGAAAGAGGCAUCCAAAGGUGAGGAUGGGAAACCGCAGAAAAAGAAGUGGUCACCUGCCGAAUUGCGCGCUCUUGAUCUGCCACCAGAGCUUCGGCUUCUCGUCCCUCCAGCGAUCCCUGACACCGGUCAUUACAGCGUAUUCGGAGAGCUUCAGAACGUAAGUCUUCGAUCAUUGCCUCGCCGUAACGCUGCUAAUCACGCAUCCCCACAGCUUUCAACUGCUUUACCGUCCCUGAAAGAUCAAGGCAUCACCCAGCUGUACCCUUCGUCGUCUCCGGCAGAUACCGACCGUCAAUCGCCCUCGGGGCCAUCCCGGCCGCUCAACCACGCAUACUACCUCCUCAAAAUCAGCAAAUCUCUCCUCCUAAACUUUCUCGAAUUUGUCGGCGUUCUAUCCGUGUCUCCGGAGCAGUUCGAAUCCAAAGUGGAGGACCUGCGCAACCUCUUCAUCAACGCACACCAUCUCCUGAAUUUGUACAGACCACACCAAGCUAGGGAAUCCCUGAUCAUGAUGAUGGAAGAGCAAUUGAGUCGAACCAAGGGAGAAAUUCAGCAGAUGGACAAACUGAAAGCCGAGAUCACUGGUGUUCUAGAACGGUUGGAAGCAGAUGGCAUCGCUGCGCAGUCACAUCCCCAGCAGACCGACGAGGACAGCAAAAAGGACUCGGAAACAAGUCAAAAGACCAUCGAAGAUGCACAAUUAAUUUGGGAUCUCCUGGACGGUAAGAUUGAGGGUUGA